CACCCGCAAACCUGUCCUGCCACCAGAGAAGGCGGCAGGGCUGCCUCGGUGCCACACUCAAAGCCGUCCCCCGCGGCGAGUGUCGCCGCAUUAAGCGUCCGGGCCCUGUUUGCGCGGCCGGUGACGCAGCACGUCAUGGGGCAUGCCCAGCCCGCGCCGCCGGGGCUCCGCGCCGGAAGUGACCGGUGAAAGCGGCGGGGAGGGGCGCGCCUCCGGGUGCCGCAGCAUAACCCUUCCGGGCGGGGGCGGCCGCUGCCGGGCGGUUCCCGUGGCUGAGGCGCGGCGGUAUGGAGUGAGGCGCGGCGGACGGCGCGGGAGCAGCGGCGCCUCGCCCUUCUCCUCAGGCGGGCCGGAGCUAUGCGAGGGCCGCGCUGCCGCCUGCCCUAGGCCCGGGCCGCGGCGGCGGGCCCGGCGGGGGAGCGGCGAGCGGCUGCGGGGCCCGAUGCGGGAGUACAAGGUGGUGGUGCUGGGCAGCGGGGGGGUGGGGAAGUCCGCCCUGACGGUGCAGUUCGUCACCGGGACCUUCAUCGAGAAGUACGACCCCACCAUCGAGGACUUCUACCGCAAGGAGAUCGAGGUGGACUCGUCCCCCUCGGUGCUGGAGAUCCUCGACACGGCGGGUACCGAGCAGUUCGCCUCCAUGCGCGAUCUCUACAUCAAAAACGGCCAGGGCUUCAUCCUCGUCUACAGCCUGGUCAACCAGCAGUCCUUCCAGGUACUUAUCAGGAUGCCACCAUUGUUAAAUCCCACGCAGUGUUGGAGAACAAUGACCCACUCACACUUCCCCCAUAGAAGUCUUUUGGCAAUCCCCUUUUAUGAAGAAAUCACUCAAUAUUAAAAUCGAGACUUCCUUUUUCUUUUUUUUUUUCCCUCCUUCUUAAACGGCAUGUUUCUUCAGUUGGUCUUGAAGAGAGUCUUAUUGUUCUGCUGUUGUGACUUGUUAAGUAAGCUGCUAUUUUCCACCCCCUCCCCUCAAAAUAUAUUCCUGUCCAGAAUAAGCUUGAUGCUUUCUCAGCGUAGGUGGUGUACUGGAGAGGAGAAGCAAACCAUAUGUGAUAAUUUGUGGGUCUGGAUUUCAUUUCUACUAUUAAAACUCUCCAAAAAAUGGAAACAUCUCAGCCAGUAACUGAUCUGAGCUGCCUCUAGAAAUGAGGCUUUAUUUGUGGGGAAUAAGUGGAUUUAGCAGCACUGCAUGCAGCACAGGGAUUUGCAACUACUGCGUUGGCUUCAGUUGCUGAGUUGGGUGUAUUCCAGCGGCUUGGCAAAACCUUGCACACCCCCACUGAAGCAGUGUGUUUGCUUCUGCUGAAGGCUAAACUUUAUCUUAGCAGAGGCCUGGAAAUAGCCUGAGUACAAGCUGAAGACAUACUUUCUUUGGAGAACAGCAGCAACGACAUUGGGAUGUUUGUCCCCUCGUUUUUGCUUAUUCUGGGGACCAGUGAGUUAUUGGAGGAAUGGACAUGCAGUUAGUAAUCCACCCUGUUAAUAUUUAAUUAUUCUUGUCGGUCUAUAGCAUGUUUACUCUGAAGCCUGGUAGUAAGGCGUAAAGAAGGUGUAAACCACUCUCUGCAGUUCUUUUACACAGUGAUAACUUCAAACGCUUGAAUUGCUUUGUCUCGGAACUAUGCAAGAAUUUGUAGAACUUAGUAGUACUGAUAGUAACUUAAAACACUCAAGGGGCAGGGGAGGCUGACUCAGACUUUCAAGUGUAAACUCUGAUGUUAGCUCAGACUUGAAUAAAUGCAUCUCUAGGUAAUAAAAUCUUUUUACAGCAUCUAAUUUGGUUACUUACGUGUGAUUAAAUAUGUUCACAAUGAAUUAUUCUAAGCAUUCCAGAAGUGAGAAGACUUUAUUUAAAUUACUAGCUUUCUCAAGCUGUAAACUAAACACAAGCUUCCUAAUGAUUGUGUAAUGGCAUGCUACUGCUAAUGUUACAGGUUGUUAGACUUGAGACAAUUUUUUCAGAAAGCUGAAAUCAACUUUCAAAGCAGCUAUACUGUAUCUUCAUCUGAACCAAAAGUCUCUCUUAGAGUACAGUAGCCACUUUCUGUUUGUAUAUAUGCAUACAUUUUAUGAAAUGUGCAUGCAUUUAUAUACAAUAAAAAUAACUUUUAUUAAAGAUGGGUAGUAAACUUUCUCCAAGUUCUAGAUCCACAUGAAUAUAAAUUUAGGAAGUCUUCUGAUGUACUUUGAAUGUUCGAUUGCAUGUGAGGAUUAUUAAAAUGUACUUCUGUAGUGGUUAAAUAGCAAUUUCAUGUGAUUACUUACACAUACUAACCAGUUGGAUUGU